AUGACUCUUCAAAGUUAUGAUGUAGUUGUAAGCUUCUUUAAUGUGGUACUGGACAUUUUCUUCCGUGAAAUAAGGCCUCGCGGAUCACAUAAAGUACCAAAGGAGGGGCCAGUAAUAUUUGUCGCAGCUCCUCAUGCAAACCAGUUUGUUGAUCCAUUGAUUUUGAUGCGGCAUUGUCAGCGGCAUGUUUCGUUCUUGAUUGCAGAAAAAUCGAUGCGUCGCAAAUAUAUUGGAGCAAUGGCUCGUGCUGUUCAUGCAAUCCCAGUUAAUAGACCUCAGGAUUCGGCUCAAGUCGGAAAAGGAAGAAUUCAACUUCUUAAUCGUAAAACCGAUCCAACUCGAAUCACCGGUAUCGGAACUGCAUUUACACAACAAUUGCAAGUUGGAUCUCGAAUUGCUCUUCCUAUGGAUCACGGCUCGUCUGAAGUAAAAGAGAUAUUAUCAGACACGGAAUUAGUUAUAAAAAGAGAAUUCAAAGAGAUUAAUGCUUUAAACAUGCUCACAGAUCCCGAAGGCACGCCAUAUAAGUGUUUCCCACAUAUUGAUCAUAGUCAAGUAUAUAAAAUCGUUUUCGACACUCUGAAAUUGGGUCAUUGCAUUGGAAUAUUUCCGGAAGGUGGUAGUCACGACCGCACGGAAAUCUUGCCACUUAAAGCUGGCGUGACAAUAAUGGCUUUGGGAGCAAUUGCUGUGAAUCCCGACUUGAAUGUCAAGAUAGUUCCAUGUGAAUUUGGUUCUCCAAUUUCUAUUCCACCUGAUUUAGUGGAGAAAUUUAAGGAAGGUGGCCCAUCAAAAAAGGAAGCUUGUUCGAAAUUAUUGGAAGUCAUUUAUAACGGUUUAAGAGCCGUUACUGUCAACACUCCAGAUUACGAGACGCUGAUGUUCAUACAAGCUGGACGUCGUUUAUAUAAGCCGGCUCAUAGAAGACUACCAAUUUCACAAAUUGUUGAAUUAAAUAGGCGAUUCGUGGCAGGUUAUGAGCAUUUUAAAGACGAUCCCAGAGUUCAAGAAAUGCGAAAACAUAUUAUGGAAUACAACAAGUUAUUAAAAUAUCAUGGGUUAAAGGAUCAUCAAGUAAACAGGUCAGCUAUGGGAGGAACUAGAGCUGCCGGAUUAUUAUUUUACAGAGUGAUAUUAUUAGCAACAUGGGGAAUUUUAGGUUUACCUGGGUUUAUUUUAAACUUACCACUUGUAAUAAUUGCGCGUAAAAUUAGUGAAAGGAAAGCCAAAGAAGCUGCCCGUGGAUCAUCUAUCAAAGUGGCAGGACGUGAUGUGCUUGCGACAUGGAAAUUACUCGUUGCUCUUGUUGUUACUCCCACGCUUUAUGGCUUCUAUACAUUCAUUGUGAUCCUCAUUUCAUUUAAAUAUAAGUGGAUAUUGAAAUGGAAGGUUUUUGCUCCUAUCUCAACCUUCUGCACGUUGGUUACAGGAAGUUAUGUAACCAUUAGAUUUUAUGAAAGUGGAAUUGACGUUUACAAAUCGAUUCGUCCACUAUUCCUGUCACUACUUCCAUGGACACGAUCUUCUAUUCAAAAUUUACGCACAGUUCGCGAGAAAUUAUCAACUGAUAUUACUAACCUUAUUAAUGAGUUAGCACCACAAAUUUAUCAUGAUUUUGAUGUUGAAAGGAUCGUCCAAGCAGCGGCAGAACGUUCCGUAAUGCCUACACUUUCCAAUAGUUUGUUCCAAUCACCAAUAAAUUGGUUAGAUGAUAGAAUAUUUAAUUGGGAAAGGCAAGGAGAAACAUCAGAAUUUGAUGAUGUAAUUUACUUUUUAGAGAAAAAUAACGGUAGUACAUCAGGACGAAGUAGAACAAGUUCAUGGGCUAGUGGAUCCAGUUCAAGAUCUAGAAGUAGAGCAAAUUCAUUUACGUCCGGACCUCCAGGAGAAAGUUAUCGAGUCGAAGCAUUAACAGAGUUACCUAGGGAUAAACCUUUCUCAGAAUUACAUUCAAGGACAGGAGGAUUUACCAGAAUCAAGAGUAAGGAAUCUGAAGAAGAUUCUGGAUAUCAUGGAGAUAGGGAGGAUGAUGCGAGAAAGCGAAGUGCUUCAUAA